UCCCGAGCGGCCCGGUCGGGCGGCGAGAGCCCCGCGCCGCCCUCCCGCCUCCGCCGCCGGGUCGCCGGCCGCCGGCGCCUCGCCGCCACCGCCAGGGUAGCCGCGGGGCCGCGCUCGGCGGGCCCCCUGAGCCGCAGCCAUGGGGUGCUGGGGUCGGAACCGGGGCCGGCUGGUGUGCAUGCUGAUGCUGACCUUCAUGUUCAUGGUGCUGGAGGUGGUGGUGAGCCGGGUGACCUCGUCGCUGGCGAUGCUCUCCGACUCCUUUCACAUGCUGUCGGACGUGCUGGCGCUGGUGGUGGCGCUGGUGGCUGAGCGCUUCGCCCGGCGGACCCACGCCACCCAGAAGAACACGUUCGGCUGGAUCCGGGCCGAAGUGAUGGGGGCUCUGGUGAACGCCAUCUUCCUGACCGGCCUCUGCUUCGCCAUCCUGCUGGAGGCCAUCGAGCGCUUCAUCGAGCCGCACGAGAUGCAGCAGCCGCUCGUGGUCCUCGGGGUCGGCGUGGCCGGGCUGCUGGUCAACGUGAUGGGGCUCUGCCUCUUCCACCAUCACAGCGGCUUCGGCAACGACUCCGGCCACGGCCACUCGCACGGGGGUCACGGCCACGGUCUCCCCAAGGGGGUCCGCGGCAAGAGCAACCGCGCCGGGGACAGCGACGACAGCGCGACCCCGGGCGAGCAGAGGCCCGACCAGGAGGAGACCAACACCCUGGUGUCCAAUAGCAGCAACUCCAACGGGCUGAAGCUGGACCGGCCAGAUCCAGAAAAGUCCAGAAAUGAUGCGGUGGAAGUACAAGUGAAUGGGAAUCUUAUCAGAGAACCUGACCAUGUGGAAUUGGAAGAUGAUGAUAAGGCUGGACAACUUAACAUGCGUGGAGUUUUUCUGCAUGUCUUUGGAGAUGCUUUGGGUUCAGUGAUUGUAGUAGUAAAUGCCUUGGUCUUUUACUUUUCUUGGAAGGGUUGUCCUGAAGGGGAGUUUUGUGUGAAUCCAUGUACCCCUGACCCCUGCAAAGCAUUUGUAGAAAUAGUUAAUAGUACUCAUGCAACAGUUUAUGAGGCCGGUCCUUGCUGGGUGCUAUAUUUAGAUCCAACUCUUUGCAUUGUAAUGGUUUGUAUACUUCUUUACACAACUUACCCAUUACUUAAGGAAUCUGCUCUUAUUCUUCUACAAACUGUUCCUAAACAAAUUGAUAUCAAAAAUUUGAUAAAAGAACUUCGAGAUGUUGAAGGAGUUGAGGAAGUUCAUGAAUUACAUGUUUGGCAACUUGCUGGAAGCAGAAUCAUUGCCACUGCUCACAUAAAAUGUGAAGACCCGACAUCAUACAUGCAGGUGGCCAAAAUCAUUAAAGACGUUUUUCAUAAUCACGGAAUUCACGCUACUACCAUUCAGCCUGAAUUUGCUAGUGUAGGCUCUAAAUCAAGUGUAGUCCCAUGUGAACUUGCCUGCAGAACUCAGUGUGCUUUGAAGCAAUGUUGUGGGACACGGCCACAAGCCCCUUCUGGAAAGGAUGCAGAAAAGGCCCCAACAGUUAGCAUUUCUUGUCUAGAACUUAGUGACAAUCUAGAGAAGAAGCCCAGGAGGACUAAAGUUGAAAGCAUCCCUGCUGUUGUGAUAGAGAUUAAAAAAAUGCCAAACAAACAACCUGAAUCAUCUUUGUGAGUCUUGAGAAAGAUGUGAUAUUUGACUUUUGCUUUAAACUGCAAGAGGAAAAAGACUCCAUUGAAAUUCUAAGUUUGCCAAGUAGUGUAAUUGAAGUCCUUGUCUGGUCACACAGUUUAAUUCUAUUUUUGUAAGAACAUAAUGGGACUGCUUAACAGAGUUCUAUAUUACAACUUUGUGAUUAUUAGUGCAGAGUACAGCUAUGCUGUAACAAUUUUGGAAAGCCAGUUUUAACACUAUGUUACAUUUUUGUUUAAAGUAAGUAUAAACCUUAUAUAACAUAAUGACAUUUGAUUUCCAGUUUUUCCAUGGUAAAAAAUUAAUUAGG